GUUUGUGUUUUGUUCGUUGAGCAGCAGGUGGCGCUGACGCACCGUCAGGCCACAGCUACCGGAAGUCGACAAGAAGAAGAAGAAGAAGAAGAAGGAGGAGGAAAAACAAGUGGCGCGCACUUCAGCUAAACUUGUUCCCGACUUAUUUUAACUUUUAGAAACGUUUCUGCCAAACAUUCAACAGCCGAGCAGCCGUGAAAGCAAAUCACCGAUAAAACAUCCGUUAAGCGACAACAACAUCCGGGCAGCUGUUUGCUGACGUCACGGAGGUCAGUCCAACAACAUGUCACGACAGAUGGGAGACAGCCAUCGAAGGUUCCUGCAGACCAUGAUGUCCAGUGGCAUCGUUGAUGAACACGGGGCAAAGACUCUCUAUCAACACUGCUGUGAAAAGCACAACACACAGCACGCCCCCGACAGACUGGAUGAUUUUAUUGAUACCAUCAACUCAAAGCUGCAGCCCCUGUUCAUGCAGAUUAGAAAAGGGAUGUCUGAAGACAACGGUCACCAGUACUAUGCCUUGGUAAACAUGGCUGAGACCGAUGUCACCAGGAUGUCGUCGGAUUAUGCUGACAAUGAGCUGGAGCUGUUCGGGAAAACGAUCGACCUGAUCGUGAGCUCUGAGAAUGGCAAAGCGUCCUCCACAGACAUUCUGAACAGCGCUGACACCCUGACCACCAAAAAGCUGAAGAAGAGCGAGACGGAGCACCUCUUGAACCGACUCGUGCAUGACAAAUGGCUGAAUGAGAAACGGGGUGAAUACACUUUGUCCACCAGAUGUAUUAUAGAGAUGGAGCCAUACAUUCGCACAAUGUAUCAGGACCAGGUUAAAGUGUGCCACAUCUGUCACAACAUCGUCUUCCAGUGCCAAAUCUGUGAGAAUCCUACAUGUGGCAUAAAAAUACACAACCCAUGUGUGGCCAGAUACUUUAAAGGACGAUCAGAGCCACGGUGUCCGGCAUGCGAUGACUUCUGGCCACAUGAAAUCCCUGAAGUCCGACGGCUCCACUCUCAGUCCAGAAGAUGAGGACUUCAGUUUUGUAUUUUUAAAAUGUCUUUGUAGUAAACCAAUUUGUUAAUAUACAUGUCUUUAAUUAAGAUUUUUUACAAAAAUAAAUAUGUUUCACAAAA